AUGACAAUUGUUUUCAUUGUUUUACCCAUGAAAGCCUACGAAGAUCAUGUUCGUAAUACUGGUGCACAAGUAUCACAUCCAAUGAUGAAAGAAAUGCUCGCUGGCUUAGCAGCGGCUGAGGUUGAUAAACUCUUUGAAACCAAAGGACUUGAUUUUCUUGAUCGAGAAGAAGCAAAGCGUCGUGCUGUUCAGCAAGCACAUCAACUUGCUGAUGAAAAAUAUGGACCUGGCAAUAUAUUUAAUACUGAAGGCCAAUAUGGAGAAGAGCAUUCCCAUCGUCAUCAUCAUUUUCAUCAUCACAGUGAAGAAUAG